CCAAAUCAAUGUGCUUGGUUUAUUAUUCCCGAAAAUUUGAUCCAAUCCGCCUAAUAAACCUAACAGAUGGCUUUAGAUUACCCUAAUUCCAAAAGGAGAACGUAUGUUUUUCCCACCAAAAUCCCUUCCUUGGUUCAAACAAAACCCCUUCUCGCUUCAAAAACUUUGUGAAGUGCCGGUAGGGUUUAAGGCCAAAACCAAAACCCCUUAAACCAUAAGCUUCCUCAAUUUCUCUCUACCCUCGAGUGUCUUCCUUCAACAAUCUCUCCCACUCAAACUCAUCUUGGAAUGGUCAAAGAAGCCCUCCAAUUCUUGGCUCACCUCCGACGAAUCUCCCGUUUUCCCUCCCCUUUCACCUGCAACAAGCUUCUCCACUCUCUCAUCAACUCCGGCUGCGGCCACCUCUCCGCCAAAUUGCUUAUCCACUUGCUCUCCAAAGGGUACACUCCUCAUCCAUCUUCUUUCAAUUCCAUCAUCUCCUUUUUCUGUAGAUCAGGAAAUGUGAAAUUUGCCGAACAAAUUUUCAUUUCGAUGUCUAGGUUUGGGUGCUCCCCUGAUAUUGUAUCCUACAAUUCUUUGUUAGAUGGGUAUUGUUCGAGUUGUCAAAUUCAGAAAGCUUGCUUUCUUGUGAAUAGAGUUCGUGGGUGUGAGUUAAAUAGGCCUGAUUUGGUUAUGUUUAAUAUACUGUUUAAGGGGUUUGCUAAAGUUUAUAUGAAGAAUGAGGCAUUUAUGUAUUUGGGUCUGAUGUGGAAAUACUAUUUGCCUAGUAUUGUUACUUACGGUACGUUUGUUGAUAUGUUCUGUAAGAUGGGGGAUAUGGAGAUGGGUAAUAGAAUGUUUUUGGAUAUGAUGAAGGUUGGGAUUGUGCCUAAUUUGAUUGUUUUUAGCUCCUUGAUUGAUGGCUAUUGUAAGGCUGGGAGUUUGGAUGUUGCAUUUGAAUACUUCGAGAGAAUGAAGGAAUGUUCCGUUCGGCCAAAUGAGUUUACAUAUUCCACGUUGAUUGAUGGUUGCUCCAAGCGUGGGAUGUUGGCAAGAGCUGACUCUUUGUUUGAAAAGAUGUUGAGUGCUAGUAUUCUGCCUAAUUGUACGGUUUUUAGCUCCUUGAUUGAUGGCUAUUGCAAGGCUGGGAGUUUGGAUGUUGCAUUUGAAUACUUUGAGAGAAUGAAGGAAUAUUCGGUUCGGCCAAAUGAGUUUACAUAUUCUAGGUUGAUCGAUGGCUGCUCCAAGCAUGGGAUGUUGGCAAGAGCUGACUCUUUGUUUGAAAAUAUGUUGAGUGCUAGUAUUCUGCCUAAUUGUAGGGUUUAUAACACCUUGAUUGAUGGCUAUUGCAAGGCUGGGAGUUUGGAUGUUGCACUUGAAUACUUUGAAAGAAUGAAAGAAUUUUCGGUUCAGCCAGAUGAGUUUACAUAUUCCAGGUUGAUUGAUGGUUGCUCCAAGCGUGGGAUGUUGGCAAAAGCUGACUCUUUGUUUGAAAAGAUGUUGAGUGCUAGUAUUCUGCCUAAUUGUAGGGUUUUUAGCUCCUUGAUUGAUGGCUAUUGCAAGGCUGGGAGUUUGGAUGUUGCGCUUGAAUACUUUGAGAGAAUGAAGGAAUGCUCGGUUCGGCCAGAUGAGUUUACAUAUUCCAGGUUGAUUGAUGGUUGCUCCAAGAGUGGGAUGUUGGCAAAAGCUGACUCUUUGUUUGAAAAUAUGUUGAGUGCUAGUAUUCUGCCUAAUUGUAAGGUUUUUAGCUCCUUGAUUGAUGGCUAUUGCAAGGCUGGGAAUUUGGAUGUUGCAUUUGAAUACUUUGAGAAAAUGAAGGAAUGCUCAGUUCGGCCAAAUGAGUUUACAUAUUCCAGGUUGAUUGAUGGUUGCUCCAAGCGUGGGAUGUUGGCAAGAGCUGACUCUUUGUUUGAAAAGAUGUUGAGUGCCAGUAUUCUGCCUAAUUGUACGGUUUACACUUCGAUAAUAGAUGGUCAUUUUAAGAAGGGAAAUGUUGACGAUGCGAUAAAGUAUAUUAAUCAGAUGUUUGAUCAGGAUAUAAAACUAGAUUUAACAGCAUAUACAGUAAUUAUUUCAGGCUUUCAUAGAGUUGGUAGGUUUGAUAAAUCAAUGGAAGCUGCAGAAUACGUGGCAAAGAAAGGAUUACUUCCUGAUAGGAUAAUAUUGACAGCUAUUAUGGAUGUCCAUUUCAAAGCUGGAAACAUAAAAGAAGCUUUGAAUGCAUACAAAAUAUUACUCGCAAAGGGUUUCGAGGCUGAUGUUGCGACUCUUUCCGCCCUAAUGGAUGGCCUAUCCAAGCAUGGGUAUUUGCAGAAGGCUAGACGGUAUUUUGUCAAAGAAAAGGCCAAUGAGAUUCUAUAUACAGUGUUUAUAGAUGCACUAUGCAAGGAGGGUAAUUUAGAUGAAGCUGAGAAAAUGAUUAAGGAGAUGUCUGAGGCAGGGUUUGUUCCUGAUAAAUUCGUGUACACUUCGUUGAUUGCUGAACUUUGCAAACAAGGAAAUUUGCUGAAGGCUUUCAUGGUUAAGAAAAGGAUGGUUCAAGAGCAUAUUGAACCUGAUUUAUUAACUUAUAGCUCCCUUAUUAGUGGUUUGGCUGAGAAGGGACUAAUGAUAGAAGCCAAACAGGUUUUUGAUGACAUGUUAAAUAAAGGAAUCACUCCAGAUUUUGUUGCUUAUGACAUCCUUAUUAGAGGGUAUCAUAAUCAGGGUAAUGGAGCUGCGAUUUCAGGUUUACAUGACGAAAUGAGAAAGAGAGGAAUCACCGUUGAAGAUUAGUUAACCAAAUAUUGAAUGAGUCUGGUCUUGUUCUUCAAUUUAUACACCAGCCUCCAUACCGGAAGCCGAGAUGUAUGUGAUUGACAUCCACUGACUGGAUCGCGAUUUUGUAGACUAUGAAGGAUAUUUCAGACAAACAAAAAGUAUAGUGAUUCAAACUCAAAUUCAUGUUCCUCCAUAUAUUCCUUUGCUUAUCACAAGUUAUGAAAGCUCCCAAAUGAUUAAAUUUUGCCAAUCAUUUUCGGGAUAUUGACAUAAGUCAUAUGGUGCGAUUUCUAUAUCAAGUAUUGAUUGAACACUGCAUUCUUUUCACAACCAUUUUGCAAUUUUAUGACCUCAUGCUCUCUGUUAGGCUCCCUUCUCCCUGUUCUGUUCACAACACACAGCACACACCAAUACACACACAGAUACACCCCUCGCAGCACAGUCACAACAGUAAUAACAAACAGUAAUAGAUAUACUCAGUAUAAGAUCAAUGGAGUCAAACGGAAGUUAUAUAUAUAUAUAUAUAUAUAUAUAUAUAUAUAUAUGUGUGUGUGUGUGUGUGUGUGUAUAUAUGUAGGAAGAGCAUUCAAUACAAAAGAGUCUUUCACAAAAUGAAGUGCAGCCAAAUAAGAGGGUUGUUCUCUCCCAAUCAAUGAACUAACAAGUCCACUCAAAACAUUCUUGUUCCAUAAUGCCAACCCUAGCUACGCGCUCACCAUAUAUCCAUCCUUUCCAGCUGCCACGUGCCCCCUCGGGGACCACUGACCAUUCCAACUACCUCUUUGUCUACGUUGAAAUGUCCUUACUACCUUUCUUUCUCUUUCUAUGAUAGACUUGUGUAACCGGAGGCCUAGCAAUACCCCUAUGGAGAAGAGCCACCUUGUCCCCAAGGUGGAAAUCGAGAAAUUGAUUUACCAAUGUGGCGUAGGACUCCCAGGUAGCUUCGUGAUCCGGUUGAUCCUUCCGGUGAACUAAGUAUUCCCAGUCCCUUUCGGCGUCGUUCCAGCGAAGUUGGGAUACGUGGUCGGGUUCUACCACAAGUUCCAUCUGGUCGUUGAUCAUUGAGAUAUCCGGUUGAUCAGGUGUUUAUCUCCCACUGCUCGUUUUAACUGAGAAACAUGGAAGACGGGGUGAAUUUUGGCUGUGUCCGGGAGGUCCAAUAGAUAAGCAACCUCGCCAACGCGCCCCAUGACCAUGUACGGGCCAAAAUACUUGGGAGAGAGCUUAUCACAACGUCUUUUUGCCACUGAUUUUUGUCUAUAUGGUUGUAGCUUCAAGUAAACCCAAUCACUGAUAUCGAACACCACAUCCCUUCGGUGCACGUCGGCAAAUUUCUUCAUCUGAUCCUGGGCAUGCUGUAAGUGGCGUUUCAGGGCCGCAAUGUUUCAUCUCGGGAUUGUAACUGCGAUUCCACCGAAUCAUUCAAAGUCGUGUUUCCUUGACCAUAGGAAAUAAUGGGAGGAAGGGGUUGGCCAUACACUACCGCAUAAGAAGUAGUCUUAAUUGAAGCGUGGUAAUUGGUAUUAUACCAAUAUUCCGCCCAGGCUAACUUGUCGCUCCACGUUUUCGGUCGGUCUUGACACAGGCAGCGGGGGUACAAUUCUAAGCAUUUGUUGACUACAGUUUGGCCAUCGGUUUGCGGGUGGUAGGCCGUGCUGCGUUUCAGUUUGGUGCCUUGUAGACGGAACAACUCCUUCCAAAAGUUACUUAGAAAUAAUUGGUCACGAUCCGACACAAUGGACUGAGGGUACCCAUGGAGACGCACAAUCUCCUUUGUGAAUUCUACCGCUACAGUUUUUGCCGAGAAGGGAUGGCGCAAAGCUACAAAGUGGGCAUACUUGCUCAACCGAUCGACCACCACCAGGACUAAAUCAAACGUGCGGGAGCAUGGAAGGCCUUCAAUAAAGUCCAUCGAAAUAUCUUUCCAGAUACGAUUUGGAAUGGGCAGAGGCUGCAGCAAACCAGCGAGUGAGAGGGCUUGGGCCUUAUUUUGUUGACAUACCGGACAUUGAUCCACAUAGAUCUUGAUGAUGUUUUUCAUCCUUUCCGAAUAUAGUUCCGCAGCGAUUCGUUUAUAGGUGCGUAAUUGUCCCGAGUGACCCCCUACCAACUAGUCAUGAAAAGUGUGGAGAAUGGUAGGGAGCAGGCUGGAAGUUCUUGGUAGGACUAACCUCCCUUUGUAAAACAGUUGCCCUUGUUUGACAGAGUAACGCGGAACACUAUCAGGAUCCGUCAGCACCUUUUCGAAUAUUUCCUUCAGCUUGUCAUCUUCCUGGACUUCCUUUCCCACUACCUUCACAUCUAAUAUGGAAGGGAUCGCAAUGACAUUCAGCUGAGCCUCAUUUGGAACUCGUGAUAAGGCAUCCGCGGCUUUGUUUUCGGGCCCUGCUCGAUAAAAGAUCUCAAAGUCAAACCCCAUGAGUUUCAUCAACCACUUUUGGAUACCCGGGAUCAGUUCUCGUUGUUCCAGAAUGUAUCGCAGUGCCUUCUGAUCGGUGAACACCACAAAGUGAUGUCCCAAUAAAUAAUGCCUCCACUUCUCUACAGCCAAGACAAUGGCCAUUAAUUCCCUCUCGUAGACGGACUUCUCUUUCGUCGUUCCCGACAACUUCUGACUAAAAUAAGCGAUUGGUCUUUUAUUCUGUGAUAGGACUGCACCCAAACCAAAUCUGGAUGCAUCGGUCUCUAACUCGAAUUGCUGCUGGAAAUCAGGUAAAGCCAACACUGGAAGGGUAACCAUAGCCGAUUUCAGUUGCUCGAACGCCGAUGUGGCUUCUUCUGUCCAAUGAAAACCGUUCUUCUUUGUCAAUCGGGUGAGAGGAGCAGCAAUGGUGCCCGUAAUUGGCCACAAAGCGGCGGUAGUAGCCGGUCAACCCCAAGAAUCCCCGCAGAUCCUUAAUGUUCCGGGGAAUCGGCCAUUCCAGCAUUGCUCGGAUUUUUUCCCUAUCAGCCUCCACCCCGUUUGAUGAUACCCAGUGUCCCAGAUAUUCAAUUCGUUCCCUUCCAAAGUGACAUUUCUUCCGGUUUGCAAACAAACUAUGUUCCCGUAGCAGCGUAAACACAAUCGUGAGGUGCUCCAGAUGUGAUUCCACAUCCUUGCUGUAUACCAGAAUAUCAUCAAAGAAUACCAAGAUAAAUUUUCGUAAGUAGGGGCGAAAAACCUGAUUCAUGAGGGCCUGGAAGGUCGCUGGUGCGUUCGUGAGAUCGAAAGGCAUCACCAUGAAUUCGUAGUGCCCCUCGUGUGUCCGGAAAGCGGUCUUUUUCACAUCCUCAUCCCGAACUCGGAUCUGAUGGUAGCCCGAUUUUAGAUCAAUUUUGGAGAAAAUAGUGGCCCCGUGUAAUUCAUCAAGCAACUCGUCUAUCAUGGGAAUGGGAAACUUGUUCGGUACCGUCGCUCGGUUUAGUGCUCUGUAAUCAACACAGAAUCUCCAUCCCCCAUCCUUCUUCUUGACUAGUAUCACUAGGCUGGAGAAAGGGCUAACGCUCGGUCGUAUGAUUCCCGUGGCCAGCAUCUCAUUUACCAACUUCUCAAUCUCAUUCUUUUGGAUGUGCGGGUAUCUGUAUGGGCGGACGUUGACCGGAUCAGUGCCGUCCUUGAGCUGUAUCCGGUGAUCAAUCUGUCUCAAUGGGGGUAACCCGGCCGGAAGUUCGAAAACAUCGGCAAACUCUUGUUCAAGUUGUUCAAACUCUGGUUGGAGUUCCUCGACCGUUUCCCCUACAGUUAGCUGCCUGUCGGCUUUCGAUAUUCCCAUGGACCGGAAGUCCACCAGGUAUCCCCUGUCAUCUGGUUGCCACUAUUUCACCAGCAUCUUUAGGGAGAUCUCCAUUCUUGUCAGCGACGGGUCCCCUUUUAACACCACCUUAACGUCACCGACCGCGAAAGUCAUGGCUAAGUUCCUCCAAUCAACCGUCAUGGAACCCUGUUUUUGUAGCCACUGCAUUCCCAAGACCAUGUCCAAGUUCCCGAGUUCUAAAGGCAAAAAGUCUUCUACUACGGUCAGCCCGGGUAGUCCAACGACUACUCCCGUGCACAUUCCCUUCCCUUGAACAGCCUUGCCGGAGCCUAUGAUCACCCCAUAUUGUGUCGUUUCAGUAGUAGCUAUCUGUAUUUCCUCCACCAGUCUCAAGGAAAUAAAGUUAUGGGUAGCCCUGCAGUCUAUCAUCACUACCACUGCACGAUCUUCUAACUUUCCUCUUAUCUUAAAGGUUCCCGGAGUAGUCAAUCCCACCACCGAGUUCAAAGACAACUCCACGAUCGGUCCUAUCUCAACCAUGCUUCCACCAGUAUCCUCCUCGCUCAUCUCUGUAUCGCCUAAGUCGUCGGCCACCACGCAGAGUCCUAACUCUCUAUUCUUGCAGCGGCAUCCCUUGCUGAACGGUUCGUCACAACGGUAACACAGGCCUUUCUCUUUUCGCGCCUGCAACUCAGAGUUUGUCCAUCGUCGAUAAGACGGUUCUCGUCUGCCUCCCCCGCCAACAGUCUGAAAUUGACUAGUAUUCGAAUUUGACGUUUGAUUGACCACCUUCUCCGCCAGGGUCACCAUUUUCGUAGUUGGGCUCCCAGUCGAUUUUGGGCUGGAUCCUAGGGUUGUUUUCGCCAUCUCUUUUGAGAAUGGGUACGGGUUUGGGCCUCCCUUCGACCAUUCGACCUUUUCCUCCGCGAGCUGGGCUGCUUCCAUUAGGUCCUUCAGGCCCACGGCCCGCAUGGAAAAAACUUCCUUUCGAAUUCUUGGAUCCAGUCCAUUUGUAAAAGUUCCCUCCAAAUCUUCUUCCGCCAUCUCCGGCAAUGGUGCCGAUAGUUCCUCGAAUUCUUACAGGUACUCACUCACGGUGCCUUCUUGUUUGAUCGCUAAAAAUCUCGCAUACGCCGUUCCGAAAUCCCUACACCGGAACCUAUUGUACAUUCUCUCUUUUAGCUCCCUCCACGACCGGAAUCGUUUUCUGUUUUCCGCCCACCUAAACCAGUUUAAGCCUCUCCCUUCCAAGCUAACGACUGCAAUCUUUAGUUUCUCACGUUCGUUCAACAAGUGCAUUUGGAAAUAGUGUUCCGCCCUGUAGAACCAUCCUUCCGGAUCUUCACCGUUAAACACCGGCAUCUCCAGUUUCUUGAACUUGAUCUUCUCCUGUCCUCCCCCUGUUUCGACACUCAGGGAUGUUUCACCUUCUUCCCCUUCCUCUUGUGGCCCUUCUUCGUUCCUAACCUUCCUUUUUCCAGUGCUUACCCCUGUUAGUUCUGACCCUCCGGUUAGUCUCUGGUGGUCUUGCUUAAUCGCCUCUAUCUCGGUCUCUGAAGCAGUCAGGCGAUCCUCUAUCAUCUUUUGCAUCAUCUUCUUCCACCUCUCCAGAUUGUCGACUCGCUCUGAUACCACUGUUAGGCUCCCUUCUCCCUGUUCUGUUCACAACACACAGCACACACCAAUACACACACAGAUACACCCCUAGCAGCACAGUCACAACAGUAAUAACAAACAGUAAUAGAUAUACUCAGUAUAAGAUCAAUGGAGUCAAAGGGAAGUUAUAUAUAUAUAUAUAUAUAUAUAUAUAUAUAUAUAUAUAUAUAUAUAUAUAUGUAGGAAGAGCAUUCAAUACAAAAGAGUCUUUCACAAAAUGAAGUGCAGCCAAAUAAGAGGGCUGUUCUCUCCCAAUCAAUGAACUAACAAGUCCACUCAAAACAUUCUUGUUCCAUAAUGCCAACCCUAGCUACGCGCUCACCAUAUAUCCAUCCUCUCCAGCUGCCACGUGCCCCCCCGGGACCACUGACCAUUCCAACUACCUCUUUGUCUACGUUGAAAUGUCCUUACUAUCCUUCUUUCUCUUUCUAUGAUAGACUUGUGUAACCGGAGGCCUAGCACUCUCUCUGUUUGGCAGAUUUUGUUCUUGUCAUUCUACUGCCUAGUUGCAAACAUAAGAUCAGCCAAGUGGAUGGCGUUGUUUGAGAUUCCACCUGGUGGAUUGCUUGUAGUGUUGGGGAAUUUCAAGUCAUUGGCUGAAAGGUAUAUAUCAAUUCUAGAAAGCUAGAGCUUUUAUAUGACCAAAAUAAGCACACAUUGGUAUUGUUGCAUAUAAGUAAAGCUCUUAUCAGAAACAGAAAUAAGCUACUGUAUAAUUUGUCACUUCCUGCACUUGAUGAAUAUGAUUUACUUUGAGCACUUUGAUGAUGUAUUAUAAAACUUUCCAGUGUGAAUUAGGAUUAUUUGAGGUCUAUAUUUUGAGCAUAUAUGUAUCUAGUACCUAAAAUUGUAAUAUUUGAAAUCUUGUUUUCUAUUGGAUAUGAUGAGGGUGCCAAGUUUGUGUCAA